AUGAAACGGGGCAAUACAUCGAAAAAUACUACGUUAUGUGUGAAAAUGUCCUCGGAGGCUUCCUCGAACGAUGUGCCAAAUGUCGUGUCGAGACUGUACAAUUUACGUUUAAGCCAUGAAGACAACGAUGAACCUCAGCAGAAUGUGAAUCUCACUACAUCCAGAGAUUCAUCUCCAGAGCCUGUGCGAAAUAUUCAACCUCUCGGUAAUGUUACUCUAUCUCGUGCUAGACGAGCGUUAAACUUUGUUUACGACGAGGAUCAACCAACUUCGUCAACAAUAAGAAGUGGAGAAACUUCAUCCUCAAAUGGAGACAAUAGACCUCCAACAAAUGCAGUAAAUUCAUUGCAUUUGGAAGGAAGAUCUCAAGAUACUUCUGCUCUGGAAAGUACAUCUACAAAUGGUCAAGCAACAGUAGCAUACAAUUGGCAGGGUACAAAGGCAACAAUGCGUGAAAGAAUAGUCUUUCUCUUUAACAAUGAGAUAUUGUCAGAUGUCAGCUUUAUAGUAGGAAGAGGAGCACAGAAACAACGUAUACCAGCUCAUAAACUAGUCUUGUCUUCUGGAAGUGCCGUUUUUGAUGCAAUGUUUAAUGGAACACUUGCUACAGCUUCUUCAGAGAUAGAAGUACCUGAUGUAGAACCCGCUGCUUUUUUGGCAGUGCUUCUUUUUUUAUAUACGGACGAGAUACAGAUAGAUCCUGAAACUGUGAUGACAACAUUGUAUACAGCUAAGAAAUAUGCAGUGUCUGCCUUAGAGAAGCACUGCGUGGAUUAUUUGAAGAACAAUUUAACCAGUGAUAAUGCUUUUCUUCUUUUAACGCAAGCCCGUCUUUUCGAUGAACCUCAAUUAGCUGCUGUAUGUCUGGAUACUAUUGAUAGAUUUACUACAGAAGCAUUGAAUGCCGAUGGAUUUACAGAUAUUGAUAUUGAUACAUUAAAAAUUGUUUUGGAAAGAGACACUCUUAGAGUUAGAGAGUCUAAGAUAUUCCAGGCAGUUCUGAGAUGGUCAGAAGCAGAAUGCAUAAGACACCGACUUCCAGUUACCCCGGAAAAUCAGCGCUAUGUUUUAGGCAGCGCCUUCUCAUUGAUUCGUUUUCCUUUGAUGUCAAAAGAAGAAUUUACUGCUGGUCCAGCGCAAUCUGGACUUCUAAAUUAUUCAGAGGUUCUCUCUCUAUUCUCGUAUUUUAUAUUAAAUCCAAAACCUGUAGUCGGAUUUCAAACAAUGCCUCGCUGUUGUAUGACUGGUAAAGAGCAAACUGUAUGCAGAUUUCAACAUACCAAGAGUAGAUGGGGAUAUAAUGGGACGAGUGAUCGCAUAAGAUUUAGCGUUGAUAGACGAAUAUUUCUUAUCGGCUAUGGAGUAUAUGGUAGCAUGCAUGGACCAGCAACAUAUGAAGUGUUAAUAGAAUUAAUACACACUGCAUCUGGAAAAGUAAUUGCUACGAAUUCGACAAAUUUUAGCUGUGAUGGUUCAAAGUACACUUAUCGCUUAAUGUUCAAAGAAUUAGCCGAAAUUCUACCAAAUACAAUUUACACUGCAUCAGCAACAUUUAAGGGUCCUUAUUCUCAUUAUGGGACUAAGGGUUUGAAAACAGUCAUGGUGGAUAGUGAUUCAGGAAACGGAAAAGUUAAAUUCGAAUUUAACAUUGAAGCAGGAGAUAAUAAUGGAACAUCUCCUGAUGAAGGACAAAUUCCGGAGCUUAUAUUUUACACUUAAUAGCUCAUGUACAUAAUGACGACAUUCCUUUUAUCAGCUUCACUCAUUGUCUUUCAAAACUUAUUACAUUAAAUUCUGUUGUAUAAAAAUGUUAUAUGUCAGUUUCUUUGUCAAUUAUAUAUUUUAUUGUUGCGUAAAUUACAAUGCUUCAUACGAUAACUAUGUAAUUCGUACGAGCUGUUGAAGAUCUGCGGCAAGUGAAAAGAUAAUGUUUUAUAUCUUACAUGUGUCUAUCUGAAAGUAUCGAAAGUGAAAUUUAUAGAUCUCAAAAUGGCCUUAUUGGGAGACGAGACUGAUUCGUGCCACUGAUGUCAAAUCAAUGUGAAUCGCUUCGUUUAAUUAACUUAAUGGUUGAUUUCUUCAACAACGAGUGAAACUUAGUUUCCUUUUGAGACCUGGUGAAAAGGCAUUUUAAGGAUAAAUAAGUUCCAAAGAAUUUU